UUUUAAUGAAAAGCCUUUCAAAAGGAAAGAGCAAUGGCCCAAUCAUCACCAAAAAGAAGAGAAACCAGACAAAAAAAAGGUCUAACUGAACCUUCAAUCAGGUCAUCCUCCCGUGGUCGACUGACUGAGGAGCUUCAGUGCUAUAUAUGUCUGGAUGUCUUCACUGAUCCAGUCAGCACUCCAUGUGGACACAACUUCUGCAAGACCUGUCUGAAUAAGUGCUGGGACAACAGCCAGACCUGCAGCUGUCCUUACUGUAAAGAAACAUUCAGCCAAAGACCUGAUCUCAAGAUUAACACCACACUCAGAGAGGUUAUAGAUCACUAUAAGAAGAAAACGCCUAAUAAAAACGCUGAAGUUUUGUGUGACAUCUGUGAGGAAAGAAAGCUGAAAGCCCUAAAGUCAUGUGUGGUGUGUCAGAGCUCUUACUGUGAAACUCAUCUGGAGCGUCAUUUGAGAGUGGCAGGUUUAAAGAAACACAAACUAAUUGAUCCUGUGAGUAAUCUGGAGGACUAUAUAUGUCAGACACACGAGAGACCUCUGGAGCUGUUCUGUAGAGAUGAUCAGACAUGUUUGUGUACGAUGUGUGCUCUGUCAGAUCACAAGAACCACAACACUGUUCCUCUAGAAGAGGAGAGUGAAAAGAAGAAGGCUCAACUGAUGAAAACACAGAAAGAUGUGCAGCAGAAGAUUCGGGAGAAAAUCAAUAAGAUUCAAGCCAUCAAACUCUCAGCAGAAGUUAGAAAGAGAAACACGGAGAUGGAGAAAGCAGCCCGUGUUGAGUUCUUCACUGAUCUGAUCCGCUCCAUUGAGAGAUGUCAGACUGAACAGCUGGAGAUGAUGGAGGAGCAGCAGAAAGCAGCAGAGAAACAGGAGAAAGAGCUCAUAGAAGAGCUGGAGCUGGAGAUCUCUGAGCUAAAGAUGAGAAACACUGAACUGGAGCAGCUCUCACACACUGAAGAUCCCCUCCACCUUCUACGGAUUUACUCAUCCCUGUGCAGCUUUACAAACACCAGAAACAGGCCUGAGAUCAGCAUGAAGACUGAUGUGAGUCUGGAGACUCUGAGGAGAGCUCUGACUCAACUGCAGCACACUCUAGAUGAGAAAUUCAGAAAAACAAAGCUGAAGAGGAUGCAGCAGUAUGCAGAGAGCAGAUCCUCAGUUUCUUCAGGGCACAAUAGCAGCAGUGCCGCAGAUGCGCUUGUGAAAAACUCCAAACUGUCUGAGGCUCCAUCUGAGUUUGUCCCGGGCUCUUAUGCAUCAUUCCAGGAUGAUGUAUAUUCUGAUGAAUCUAAGGGAUACUAUGCUGAGCCCUCAUUGGCUGAUUUCGUUCAGGAAUUCGUAAGCCAUCUGUACUCAUCUCCAGGGUCCUUUGAGACAGAAAUCGAUUACAUCACAGACACACUGAACAGCUGCGUCACUACAGAGGAGACUCUGCAGGAGCUGGUAGAGCUCAUCUACGUACAGUCCACGUCUGUCCCUCACUUCGCCUACACGGUAGCGAGGCUGUGUAACCAUCUGUCUCAUCACAUCCAUUUCAGUCCAGCCAGCGGUAACUUCCGACAGCUGCUGCUGAAGAGGUGUCACACUGAGUAUGAGCAGAGGGAGCAGGCCUUGAGAGGAGAUCCAGACACCCAGAAAAAGUUUUACUCUUAUGUGCUGUUUCUGGGGGAGCUUUACAUUAACCUGGAGAUAAAAUGUGGAAAGAACAAACCCAGGCGAGCUAAUAUCUUACUGGGAGCACUAAAGGAUCUUUUGAACACAUUAUUUUCUCACCCAGAUAACCCCAACCUAAUGUGUGCUGUCAAGUUACUCAAGCUGACUGGUUCCGUUCUGGAAGACACAUGGAAGGAGAAAGGCCAGUCUGACAUGGACGAGGUAAUCAAGAAAAUCGAAGACAUUGUGCUGGAUGCCAAAUGCAGCCGAGAUGUCAGGACGAUGCUGUUGAAACUGGUGGAGCUGCGAUCCAGUAACUGGGGUCGAGUUCACACAGCCGCUGUGAGCAGUGACGCUACACCUGACAACGACCCCAACUACUUUAUGAAUGAACCAACCUUCUACACAGCAGAUUGGACGCCUUUCACAGCAGCGGAUCCUGAAUUCUCAGAGAAAUACCAGGAAAUUCUAGACAGAGACUGCUUUCCUGAUGCAUAUGAAGAGGAUGGAAAUUAUUUUGAUGAAGAUGAAAUGGAUCCGGAGAUGGAGGAGGCAUUCGAGAGGUUUUGCAUGGAGUCGGACGCAAGAAGAAAGAAAUAUGUGAUUGUGUGAUGGUCAUGUUGAUGCCACACCUGACCAGCUGGAAGGUUUCAGAGCGGAAAAACUAAGAACAUUUUGGUUGAUUUACGUUUGAUUUGGCUACAGUGUCACUGGAUUCAAAGGCUGGGAUUACUGUUUAGAUGUAAUGCAGCAUAAUUGUCAAGUCUGUCAGGCCAUCAAGUUACCAUUGGUUUUGCAUUUAGGUUGUGAGCUUAACUUUGUUCAUUCUGAU